AUGGACGCCUUCAGAUGUACAGUAAUUCCUUUGCAAGAUUCCUUUGCCCUAUCCAUCCUCCAGCAGUUGUGCACCGACUCCAUCCAUCGGCAGUUUCGCAACUACUCCUUCCACCAGCAGUUGCGCACCGACUUCCUCCACCAGUUGCGCACCGACUUCCUCCACCGGUUGUGCACCGACUUCCUCCACCAGUUGUGCACCGACUCCAUCCAUCGGCAGUUGCGCACCGACUCCAUCCACCAGCAGUUGCGCACCGACUUCCUCCACCAGUUGCGCACCGACUUCCUCCACCAGUUGCGCACCGACUCCAUCCACCAGCAGUUGCGCACCGACUUCCUCCACCAGUUGCGCACCGACUUCCUCCACCGGUUGUGCACCGACUUCCUCCACCAGUUGUGCACCGACUCCAUCCAUCGGCAGUUGCGCACCGACUCCUUCCACCAGCAGUUGCGCACCGACUUCCUCCACCAGUUGCGCACCGAUUUCCUCCACCAGUUGUGCACCGACUUCCUCUACCAGUUGUGCACCGACUCCAUCCAUCGGCAGUUGCGCACCGACUCCUUCCACCAGCAGUUGCGCACCGACUUCCUCCACCAGUUGCGCACCGACUUCCUCCACCAGUUGUGUACCGACUUCCUCCACCAGUUGUGCACCGACUCCAUCCAUCGGCAGUUGCGCACCGACUCCAUCCACCAGCAGUUGCGCACCGACUUCCUCCACCAGUUGCACAACGACUUCCUCCACCACUUAUGA